CAAAGAAAUGGAAAAGCCAAGCACUGAACAGCCUUUCUCUAUAGAUCUUCUGGGGUAUUCAAAAGCAGGCAAAAUAGUGAUUCAAAAGAGGAAACUACUGCUUAAAAAUUACAGGAACAACCAAAUCCAAAAGGGAGAAUGGAGCAAUCCUCAGAGAGGUAUCAGAACGAAGAGUAGUUAUCUCCUAAAAUUCAUCGAUAAGAAGCUGAAAGAUCUCCACACUGAUGGUAUCAGCUCUGAACUUGAAGUAGACUCUAAGCCGAUUGAGGAAGAAAUUAGCCUUUGAUGAUCAUUUUGAGAGAAAACAGAACUAAAAAUCAUACUCUAAGCCAAAAACUUUAUCAAAAAUCUGAGGUUUUGAAAAUGAAUCAUACAAAAACACCAAAGCUGCAGAAAUCCCUUCAGUUACUAACUAAAAACCGCUCGAUUCACACAAAAUUUACUUAUCACAACCCUAAAAUAACCAUAACCAACAAAUCCCCCCAAAACCCAACCCAUACCACAAAAAUCCCCCUCCAAAAAUCCAAAAUCCACCUCCCAAAAAGUACCAAAAUCCUCUCAAUAUUCGACUCCGUCCUCAAUUGUACCCCUUCCUUCACCUCUCUAGCAUCCCGACUCCAAAACUACUACCGUAACACCACAAAUCACCCCAAAAUUCCCUUCCCUACCAAAACUGGCGCAAUCACCACUCACAGUAUAUCCAUUCACAAAAGAAAGUGAGGUGAACAUGGAACGAGGAAUAAAAGAAUCUUGAAUAGAACUAUACAUCCAAGGCAAAGAAAUGAGAAAAGACAUCAAUCUAUGCUAAAAUUGAAUAUUACUACUAGUCCAAAUAGUCGAUCGAGCAUCUCUCCGUGAGCUGCUCAGAUCACCAAACUUCCUUAUAAUUCUUCAAUCCGACGCUUGAGAACUCCAAAGAAGAUUAUUAUAAGUAACAGUGUAAACGGCCCUUCAAACAAACAUGGUCUCUCAAGACAGCUACCCAUCCGACUUAAUGAUAGAGCAAAAAUCCCUAUUUUCACAAAUUUUAAUUUUUUUAAGCAGAGAUCUUAGGUCAAACAACUUUCAAGCUACACCACACUCUACUCCCC